AUGGACGACCUCGAUCUGAACAUCACCCAGCAGGACCUUACACGCCUGACCCCUGGUGAACAGCAGCAAUUACAGAACUUUGUUCAAGUCCAGGUCCAAAGAGCGCAGAUCCAGAAAAAUAUCCACGAUAUAACCGAAAUGUGCUUCAAGAAAUGCGUGACUGGCACGAUAUCUUCGGGAAAAUUGGCGGGCAAAGAAGAUUCUUGCAUGGCCAACUGUGUGGACAGGUUCCUGGACACCAAUACGGUGAUAUUGAAGCACUUGGAGACACUCCGGGCAAGACAAUGA